GAUAUGAUUCUAUUUUAUGUUAUUUAAUACAAAAGCAAAUGCUCACUGCCCACAGUGGCGGCUAAAAUAAUGGACAUAGCUGUAAUCUGACUGAUAUCAGGUGUUGCGAUUUAUUCGACACUGAUAAAGCAUCUAAGAAUUAUUAAAUACACGAGCAGCACUUGUUCAACUGCUCAGUAAGUGGUUUGCAUUACUUUCGGGCAUAUCAACAGCAACGGCAACUUGACAACAAUGCAUUUCGGCGUAUUGGGCAGCGGCAUUAUUGGUCUAACCAGCGCAUUGGAGCUGCAGCAGCAGUUUCCCACGGCGCAGGUGUCGAUCAUAGCGGACCGCUUCAAUGAAGACACCGUCAGCUAUGUGGCUGCGGGCAUCUUUCGCCCGGGCACCAGUUUCAUGGGCCCCACCCAGGAGAUUACCCAGCAAUGGAUGAGGGAUGCAUUUAACUACUGGGAUGAGCUGCGGCGCUCCCCGGAAUCAGCCCUAGCUGGCGUCUGUCAACUGUCCGGCUACAUAUACUCACGCACCACGCCUUCCAUAGUGCGGAAUCACUUUAUAGAGCAGCUGCUGCCCGUUUACCGACGCGCCACAGAGGAGGAGCUGAGGCUCUGCCACGGCGGCUGGAAGUAUGGCUCCUUCUUUACCACCUGCCUGACAGAGAGUCGUCUCUUCCUGCCCUAUGCCACCAAGAAAUUCCUGUCGAACGGCGGUCGAGUGUUGCGUCAGCAUGUGAGCAACUUGCUCGACGUACCGCAGGACAUUGACGUGUUGCUCAACUGCACCGGCAUGGGCGCCAAGGAGCUGUGCAAUGAUCAACAUUUGGUGCCGAUUCGUGGACAGGUACUGAAGGUGCGUGCACCCUGGAUAAAGACGGCUUUCUACGGUGACCUCGACACCUAUGUGUUGCCCGGUUUUGAGACGGUGACGCUGGGUGGUUGCAGACAGUACGACAGCUACAACACCGAGUGGUGCAAGUACGAUAGCAUGGCUAUAAAGGAGCGUUGCUAUGAUCUGCUGCCCAGCUUGAAGAAGGCGGAAAUUGUACGCGAGUGCGUUGGCCUACGUCCGCACCGCUCGGUGGUGCGUGUGGAGCCGGAGCUGCUGACAAAUGCUCAGGGUCGUCGCCUGAAGGUGGUGCACAAUUAUGGGCACGGCGGCUAUGGAGUAACCACUGCACCGGGCACAGCUAAAUAUGCGGUGCAAGUGGUGCGCGACGUGCUUGCGGGCAAUAGCAAACUGUAGCCUGAUUUCUAUUAUAUUGUUGACUUGUUGUUAAUUAAAAUGUUCAUAUGUGCAAUUCGCGAUUUAUACAAACUUUAACCUCCACAAACACGAAUUUUGAUUGCAUUUGGCUCAAUAAAUUAAUCAAAAUGCGAGCUGGCUAUGAAGACAUAAAUCAAUUACAAUUUUUGAGAUAAGAUUAAAUAAAAAUAAAAACAAUAUUCAAAUGUCGCGCGCUAUGCGGUGCCUAUCGAUAUGCAUGAGCAGUGUUGGCUAACGUUUGCGGCUCGGCACACAAUGCGCAAAUGCGCCGCAUGAAUGGAAAGCUCGACAGCUUUCGCUCGCCCACACAAAUAACCCAUCAGGCAUCGAUUUUCACCACUGGAGCAGAAAGAAACAGCAGCUGGGACGAUUGAAACAGUUCAAAUGAUGAAAACGUAUACAAAACGCUUAUAUUCGCCGCGAUAGUCAAUUCGCCGCACACACUCAAACAGACACAUGCGUAGCUGCAGGAAAAUUUGUGCUUCAUUCGUGGUCCUGUAACGACGUGUACAACAGAGCGACAGCAAAUUCUAACGGAGCACACAGGAAAAAAAGGUGAAAAUCAGUUGAGAAAAAAGAAGCACUUUACCUGGCGCCUGCAACUAAAUGAAUAAUUCACUUGUAUCGGGCGAGACGAACGCGCGUAAAACGCUGAAUAAUUGAUUGAAUAAUCGCAAUCGUAAACAAAAAAGCGCAAAAAUUUCUAACAGCAGGCAGUCAGCCAUCAGUGGUAACACGAGCCCAGUGCCAAGGCUAAAUUUUACCCGUGCUGCACGCCACAGACCCUAAGCCAGUACCACAAAAAAAAAAAAAAAAA